AUGGCUGCCGAGUUUACCCCCGACGGCAAAAACUUUGCGUUUUCAGAAGAGGAGAGGAAGAAGUUCAAUGAGAGCCCGGAGGAGCUUCGGAAGCUGGGCAAGGACAUCACUCACGGCUUCAAUAAACUCUUCCAAAUGCUGCUGGACGGUAGCGAAGCGAACAAUGCCGCCCAAAAGGUGUUCAGAGAGCAGAUGGAGGAGCGUCUGGGGAGAGACCCUGAGCUCUGCGCGAAGCUCAUCCCUACCUACAAGGCUGGAUGCCGACGCUUGUCGCCGGGCGAGGGUUAUCUCGAAGCUCUCCAGGAGCCCAAUGCGAGGAUCGAAUUCGGUCAAAUCAAGGAAAUCACAGCGACAGGCAUUACCACCACAGACUCGAGCGAUGACUUUGACAUCAUCGUCUGUGCUACCGGCUUCAACACCAGCUUCAUUCCGCCGUGGCACAUGGUAGGCAAAGGCGGCGCGGUGCUUUCCAAGCAGUGGGAAGACCAUCCAGAAGCAUACAUCGGAGCCUGCGUGUCGAAUUUCCCCAAUUUCUUCAUCUUCACCGGCCCUAACAGCCCGGUCGCGCAUGGAAGCCUGAUUUCGGUUAUGGACUGGACGGCCAACUACAUCGGGCAGUGGUGCAAGAAGAUUGCCAUGGUUGAUAUCCGGUCCGCUACCGUCAAGCAAGAGGCGUCUGCAGAGUACAAUGAAUACACGCAAGGGGUCCUGAAGCGUACUGUAUGGACAUCGGGCUGCCGAUCAUGGUUCAAGAAUGGCACCGUGGACGGCCGCGUGUUUGCCAUGUACGGCGGGAGUGUUCUACACUACAAGGCGUUGACGGAGAGCUUCAGGACGGAGGACUUUGAGCUUGAAUACUGCAGCAAAGAUCGGUUCCGGAUCAUGGGCAACGGCCUCACUUCUCGCGAGGUGAAUCAAGAGGACCUGGCAUUUUACGUCGAUAAGUAA